CAUAGCUUCUCUCUCUAAGCCAUGAACCCAUCUCACCAAGUUAUGGAACAAGGAACAUCACAGCAGAAUCUAAAGAGGGGGUGUUGUGCAACCGUGCUUACUCUGGCUUACCAGAGUCUUGGAGUAGUUUAUGGUGACCUCAGUACCUCACCUCUAUAUGUUUAUAAGACUACAUUCUCAGGGAAAUUGAGUCUCAAAGAGGAUGAUGAGGAGAUUUUCGGCGUUCUCUCGUUUAUCUUCUGGACAUUUACCAUUAUCGCGCUCUUCAAAUAUGUCUUCAUUGUGAUGUCUGCUGAUGACAAUGGGGAAGGAGGUACCUUUGCAUUGUACUCACUUCUCUGCCGAAAUGCGAGGCUAAGUAUUUUGCCUAAUCAACAACCAACAGAUGAGAAGUUGUCCACUUAUGCCACACAAGAUUCUGCAGACACAUGGCAGUCUUCACUUUUGAAGCUGUUCUUCGAAAAGCAUCCGAGGUUCCAGAGAGGGCUGCUGAUCUUUGUUCUUCUUGGAACAUGUAUGGCAAUUGGUGAUGGUGUCAUAACUCCGGCGAUUUCAGUUCUUUCAGCAGUGUCAGGUGUUAAAGUUAAAAUCAGCCACCUCCAUGAUAAUUAUGUUGUUGUGAUCUCAUGCAUCAUUUUAGUGGGACUUUUCUCCAUUCAGCAUCACGGCACGCAUAGAGUUGCUUUCUUGUUCGCACCAGUUGUUGCAGCAUGGCUUUUAUGUAUCAGUGGCAUUGGUAUAUACAAUAUAUACCACUGGAACCCAAAAAUAUAUCUUGCACUUUCUCCUUUCUACAUGUUAAGGUUCAUUCGAGCAACCGGCGUUGAAGGAUGGUUGUCCUUAGGCGGCGUGGUGCUAUCAAUCACAGGUGUUGAGACCAUGUUCGCCGACUUGGGUCAUUUUUCAGCUUUAUCAAUAAAGAUAGCUUUCACAUGUCUAGUAUAUCCCUGCCUCAUUCUGGCAUAUAUGGGUGAGGCUGCAUUCCUUUCUAAGCAUCAUGAUGACAUUCAGAGAAGUUUCUACAAAGCCAUACCAGAAGGUGUGUUUUGGCCAGUGUUCAUAGUGGCAACUAUGGCAGCAAUUGUAGGAAGCCAAGCAGUAAUUUCUGCUACCUUUUCCAUUAUAAGCCAGUGUUGUGCAUUGAAUUGUUUUCCUUGGGUGAAGAUUGUUCAUACUUCAAGCAGAAUAUAUGGGCAGAUAUACAUCCCAGAAAUCAAUUGGAUAUUGAUGUGCCUUUGUUUAUCUGUUACAAUUGGCCUAAGAGAUACCAAUAGGAUGGGACAUGCAUAUGGGCUGGCAGUUACGACGGUUAUGUUUGUAACAACAUGCUUGAUGACACUAGUAAUAGUGAUUGUUUGGAAGCAAGGAAUAAUAAAAGCCAUUGCAUGUUUGGUAGUGUUUGGAUCAAUUGAACUACUUUACAUCUCAGCUUGCAUCUGCAAGGUUCAUGAAGGAGGUUGGAUUCCACUUGUUCUGUCUUUCACUUUCAUGUGUAUAAUGUACACAUGGAACUAUGGAACAAUGAAGAAACACCAAUUUGAUGUGGAAAACAAGGUUUCACUCAACAGGAUACUGUCUAUGGGGCCAUCCCUCGGCAUGGUUCGCGUGCCGGGAAUAGGACUAAUGUACACAAAUCUUGCUUCUGGUUUCCCUGCCAUGUUUGGCCAUUUUGUCACAAACUUGCCUGCAUUCCAUCAGGUGCUAGUUUUUGUCUGUGUAAAAUCUGUUCCGGUCCCUUAUGUCGGCGAGGAUGAACGGUUGAUUGUUAGUAGGGUUGGUCCUAAGGAGUUCGCCAUGUUUCGUUGCAUUGUGAGGUAUGGUUACAAGGACAUACAACAGGAGAAUUACAAUUUUGAGAACAGAUUGGUAUCAACUAUAGUACAAUUUGUAGAAACUGAAGAAGAAGAGAACAAUAAUACAGAAUCAACAUAUGAAAUUUCCACAAAUAAUCCCUUGAAGAAUGAGUCUAUGCAGAUUUUGAAUGCUAAAGAAUCUGGUGUUACAUAUAUGCUUGGACAUUCCUAUGCAAAGGCAAAGAAAUCAUCUUCCAUAGUAAAGAAAAUUGCAAUAGAUGUUGUUUUUGCCUUUCUGAGCAAGAAUUGUAGAGAGCCUGAUGUUGUUUUGAAUAUAGCACAUUCUUCAUUGCUUGAGGUUGGUAUGGUUUACUAUGUCUGA